AUGACGAGCUUUAGUUUCCUCCUGAAUGAAUACAAAAACAUGCCACUUACGCGUAAGCGCUCCAGAACUACCUCGGCUUCGUCCUCCGACAACGAGGGGGGACUGCCCUUGAGCGAGAAAAUCAAAAAAGACAUCGCUAAGCAGCUAGACCGUUACACUGACGCUGUGAAACUCGAGUCUGGAAACAACAGGGCCACUGGAGAAGUAGUCGAGCUGCAGAACCAGAUCAUGUCCUUGCAGCAAGAGCUUCGUCGGGAAAAACUAGAUCGCCGUCGGGCCGAGGAAGAGCUCCGUCACGAAAAAGAAAAGAAUGAGGAGCUGGAGAGCUUCACUCUCGAUACACAUGGACUGCUCAAUAAGCAAACCAUUCGUGCCAGCAUUGAUCCUCACAUGACUAGUAUUUUUUCGCCUGCAGAGACUUCGGAAAUUGUGGGAGCGGUACUCCUCGCGCUGCAAACGUAUACCCGGCAUGGGCAUAGCAAUCUUCAGUUGAUUGUAUCAAAGUUCGAAGAAACUAUUGACUACGAAUAUCACAUGUCUUGCGGCUUUGGGAUGAAGAUGAUAAUCCCAUGCGAAUCCUGGAUGAACAUUAUUUUUCCUUCAAAGAACAACUUCAGAAUGUGCAUCUACAAGCUAUAUUAAGAGCAACGUUGCACCGCAAAGCUGCUGCCCUUGUAGCUGAUACGACUGGUACGUGGAAAAUGCCACGCGCGUUUUCACUCGCGCUAAUGUUUGUUACCUACACGUGAGGCGAUCUAGAACCCUCCUCCGCGUGAGGAUAAACUUAAUUGAAAAUAACACGUAGGUACAACUACGGAAGUUGCACACUCAUUCUAUGCAAGUAGACGGGAUGAAGAUCGCACUGAUGCCCGACCUGAGGUGUUCACAUGAAUGUAUCAUGCUAGAGAAAACUACACACUUGUUCAAG